AUGCCACGAUUCGCAGCAUUGCCUGCUCUCGGUCGCGCACCGCUGUGUGCGCAGUGCGCGCGCGCUGCACGCCGCAGUAUGGCGCCGACAGCAGCAGCAGCAGAACGGCCGCCCAUGUUUACGUCCACGUCUCGCGCCAUGACCACGGCACGACGGUCGUUUGCGUCGGCCCAAACGCGCACGUCUCUGCAGCAGUCGCGAUGGCUGUCCCUGUUCACCCGGCUGUCUGCCGCCGCGCGCGGCCCACCGGCAACCGAUGCGGCGUCGUCCUCAUCCCCGUCGGCUGCCUCGCCGUCGGCCGCAUCCCCGUCGACGCCGCCCUCGUUCUACGCCCUGUUCCCCAAGACGUUCCCGCACGGCGCGCCCCCCGCUGGGCCCUUUGCCGUCGACGUGCGUGCUCUGCGCACCGAGUUUCUGAGGCUGCAGGCGGCCGCCCAUCCGGAUUUUCACCAUGCGGCGGGCGCAGCCGACGCAGCCGACGCCAGCGAUACGAGCGAAGCGAGGACACAAACAGGGACACAAACAGGGACACAAACAGGGACUGGCCACUCUAGUGCCCGCGCCCGCGCCGAGGCGCUGUCGUCGCGCAUCAACGAAGCCUACCGCACCCUGGCGUCGCCCCUCUUGCGGGCCCAGUACCUGCUGCGGCAGCGCUUUGACGUCGACCUCGCCAACGACGAGUCGACGCUGACUGGCGACCGUGGCAAUGGCAGUGGCGGUGGCAAAGACAUGGACCUGCUCAUGGCCGUCCUCGAGGUGCGCGAAGAGAUUGAGCAGGCCCAGGCCGAGGCGGACCUGGAGCCCGUGCGCGCGGCCAACGACGCGCGCAUGCGGGCGAGCGAGGCCGUGCUGGCGGCUGCGUUUGCGGCCGACGACGCGGCCGCGGCACAGCGCGAGGCGGUGCGGCUGCGGUACUGGGUGAGCAUUGACGAUGCGCUGCGCAACUGGGAGCGGGGCAAGGACAUUGUGCUGGAGCAUUAG